UACGUUAGCGUAAACGGCAAUUUGUUGUGUUUCUGUGUACGUGGGCUGUCUUGGUGGUGGUGGAUGCUCGGUUGGUGGCAGAACAUUCAUCCUCUAUUUUCCAACGCCAUCAUUCCUCCAUUGAAUCUCUCUCUGUCGCUGCGCUUAAUCUGUUAGGCGAACAACAACAACAUAGGAGCCACGCUUCUCAGUUUCUUCAGGUUAGAAGAGAAGAAACGAAAUGGGGAAUAUUGGAAGCAAUAGCAAUGGAGGGAGCCACCGGAGGCAUCGGAACCAGCCGCCUCCUCCUCCGACGAUGCCGCAGGAUCAGCAGCCGGGAACCACAGGGAACAGAUACGUUUUUGCUGCGGCCACACCGUACCCGACCCAAUACUCGAAUCCUAACCUUCCCCAACACCAUCCGUAUUCCGGGUACUACCCGCCACCGCCCGUGGGGGGUCCGUAUCCGCAGCCUUACCGCGGGGUCCACCUGGCUCCGGUCCACGCCAAUUGGGUUAAUGGGCCGUACUCGUGUGGGGCUGCCCCGCAACCGGUUACCCCCCAUAUGGAGCACCAGAAGGCUGUCACGAUUAGGAACGAUGUGAACAUUAAGAAGAAGAGUCUGAGGGUUGAACCUGAUGAGGAGAAUCCUGGGCACUUCCUUGUUGAGUUCACUUUUGAUGCCACUACGGCCGGAAGCAUCACAGUUAUGUUUUUCGCUAAAGAAAAUGAAGACUGUAACCUAACAGCAACAAAGGAAGGCCUGCUUAGCCCUGUCACAGUUUCUUUUCAGCAAGGUCUUGGUCAGCAGUUCAGACAACCUAGUGGAACCGGGAUUGACUUCUUGAAGUUUGAGGAGACGGAGUUGGUGAAAGAUGGUGAUAUAGAAGUUUACCCACUUGUGGUGAAGGCUGAGGCAUACCCAUUGACCCAUACUGAAUCAGAAGGAAAUCCAGUUAGGAAUUCUCAGAUCACUCUGGCUUCGUUUCAAAAGAAGGAGACAGGUGAGUACCAUGUGCGGGUGAGUAAACAGAUCCUGUGGGUGAAUGGGAUGAGGUACGAGCUGCAUGAAAUUUAUGGAAUUGGGAAUACAGUUGAUGGUGAUUUGGAUGAGAAUGAUUCUGGUAAAGAAUGUGUUAUUUGCUUGUCUGAACCCCGAGACACAACUGUCCUCCCAUGCCGACACAUGUGUAUGUGCAAUGGGUGUGCUAAAGUUCUGGCGCUCCAGUCAAACAGAUGCCCCAUUUGUAGGCAACCAGUUGGCAAGUUCCUGGAAAUCAAGGUCAACAAUGGAGCUGAUGAUUGUGGACAGUCUGCUGCCCAACAGGAUGCUGUAAAGUUAUAAGCUCUCCUCUCUCUCUCUCUCUCUUCAAGUCAAGUAGAGCCUCUCAAGAAUUGCUAUGAAGAGUUCCUUUACCAUAAUGUUUGGUUCGUGGUUUUGUUGUAAUUUCUGAUAUCUGGAUUUCUGCUUUUUCAUAAUUGAUCUGGACCUUAUUUAUUGCAGAUAAGCCCUUAAUCAGAUGGUGCAGACCAAUAAAAAUCAGUACAGUAGGCUGUUCUUGAUAAGCUUCUGUCCAAAAUAAAUAGAACAGCAUAUAUAUAUAUAACAGAGGAGAGGUAAUCUUACAAGAGAAAUGUCAAGUCUGGCGUUUCUUGUUGGUUUGUUGUAUACUUCUUAUAUUCUUAGGUUUUGCUAUUUUCUAUUUUUAAUCAAAUUUUGUUUAUAAAUUAAUUUAGUUUUCAAGAAA